UGAUUUCGGACAGCCUACAUGAGGUGGCCAAAAGUUCCUGAUGUGCAUGCUGAGGAAUCGAGCCUGCGCAGCCGAUGAAAGAUUGAGGCGAUCCAGAUGUGUCUUCAGGAACCGGCCUGAUGUGCACAUGAUGUGCCGGCAUAUUCGAGCUCUGGCUCCCCAAGCGAACGCCUCACAGAUCCGAUGACAGUCUUAUCUCGGAAUUUGCCCGCGGGCACUCAGGCGGGCACAGACGGGCUCUCCUGCCCACCCACCUGCCCGCGUCACGUGUAAUUGCAUCCGGUUUGGUUGUUACUACCACUUCCUUCUUCGACUUCGAGAUAUCGAAGAAACACCACGGUGACCUCCAGGAGUAUACUCGUAAAACGGUCUUCAUAACAUCAUACUGCUCAGUGUGCGUCAUUCAUCCAUGGCUUUACAAGCAGUUGACCAUGUUGCCAUCAGUUUGGAUGCUCCAAAUGCCGAUCCGCUGCAUGGCACGAAGUACGAUUUUGAAAGGGAUCUCAUCGGCUACGGAAGAUAUUCAAUUCAUCCUCAGUGGCCGAAUGAUGCCAAGAUUGCAAUCUCCUUCGCCAUAAACUACGAAGAGGGUGCUGAGAGGUCGCUGCUGAACGGUGAUAGUCAAACCGAGAAUGUACUUUGGGAACAGCCCCAUGUUGCGGCACGCAUUGGGUCAAGAGAUCCAAAAAUCGAAAGCGACUACGAUUAUGGUUCCCGUGUUGGAGUGUGGCGGCUUCUCAACAUGUUCGAGAAGCACAAUAUCCGAACAACAGUACAUGCAGUUGGUCAAGCAUUUGAGAAGAACCCACCACUAGCCAAAGCCUUUGUCGAGGGCGGCCAUGAAAUUGCCAGUCACGGCUACCGCUGGAUUCCAUAUCACAACAUGUCCCCAGACGAAGAGAAGCUGUACAUUCACCGCCAGAUGCAGUCUCUGAAAGCCACCACUGGAAAUUACCCUGUCGGAUGGUUUGUCGGUAGAUGCUCGCCUCACACUCAAGCAUUGAUCCAUGAAGUGCAUGAGGAGCUCGAUGCGCCUUUACUAUACGGGGCCGAUUGCUUCUCGGACGACCUACCUUAUUGGACUGAUGUCCCAGCGGAGAAACACCUCUCAAACCCGAAGGGUAUGCUGAUGCUGCCGUACAGCUACGACAACAAUGACCUGAAAUAUCAGAUAGCUCCAGGUACAUGGGGCUCAUCAGGCGCCUUCUUGGAGUACUUGAAAAGCUCUUUUGACGUGCUCUAUGCCGAAGGGCUGGAAGGGCGGCCUAAAAUGAUGACCAUCGGUCUUCAUUGCAGGAUCAGUGGCAAGCCCGGUCGCUUUGCCGCGGUACAGUCCUUCGUCAAAUACAUCCAACAACAGCCUGGUGUAUGGGUCACAACCCGGAAAGAUAUUGCUAUGCACUGGAGGACGACCUUUCCAUAUAUACGGAGCAAAGAGCAAGAGACUGUGCCCGAAGAGGAACCUCUUACUAUUCAGCUCCAGACUUCAGACAAUACCGUCUACGCCCGGAUAUAGUCGACUCAAGUACAC